CCCCCUCGACCCUAGAAAAUGCCGAGCACAUAUUUAUACGCGAUAAACAACGAGGGUCGGGUGUUGGCGCUCUCCAGCUCCGGUAGCAUGUGGCGGGAAUUUAUGUACCUCGGUCUUGAAUUUAAACGGCUGUCGGCUGUGCCCCAUUUCAUGUGGGCUAUCGGUGGUGAUCGCCAGAUGUACGUCCACGUCCACGGUCUUGACAUACCGAUACGCAUAAAAGAGGAGACGUACGAGAACGAGCGGUGGCUACCACUUGAUGGCUUCAGUGGUAGACUAUUGCCAACGGACAGAUAUAAUUUCUCGAAUAUCGAUGGAACUGUCGAUAGAUCGAGGGACAAGGUUAAACUUCCCUCGAUGGCCUGGCAGUGGGAGGGCGACUGGCAUAUCGAGACGACGCUUGAUGGUCAGCCGCUCGAUCAUGACGGUUGGACAUACGCCGUAGACUUCCCGGCGACGUACUCACCGAAAAAACAAUGGAAAUCCUGCGUGCGUCGUCGAAAAUGGGUGCGCUAUCGGCGGUACUCAGCUCUGAACUCAUGGUGCGCGAUAGCCCCCCUCCAUAAGGACCCGACGAAAGAGCCAUUUAUCGACGUAGCGAUAGGUGGAACACAGGUCCCAGGGGGGAAUCCCACUAAUUUAUCGGUUUGGGCAGUGACAGCUCACGGGCGCCUCAUGUACCGAGUGGGAGUGUCGACUACCUCUCCGGAGGGCCAACGUUGGUCCUCCAUAAAGCUUCCGAAUGGCCUAGAGGUCUCUCAGGUCGCCGUAGGAACAUCGGGUCUAGUCUGGUGCAUUUUGACUGACGGUAAGGCCCUCGUCCGCACAGGGAUUACCCGAGAGAACCCAAUGGGCGAUGACUGGAGGACCGUAGACCCUCCAGAUAACCUGAAACUCUCGCAGGUCAGCAUCGGAUCAGACGCUGUUUGGGCGGUAUCCCAAGAUGGUUCCGUCUGGUUCCGAAAAGGAAUUAAAGGCGAGAUGAGCGGAAUAUGUGAACAGUUAGCCACUGGCACGGGGUGGGUGGAGAUGCCAACUAAAAUGGCAAUGGUAUCAGUAGCCCCUAACGAUGAAGUCUGGGCAAUCGGUCUCGAAGAUCGCUGUCUGUACUACAGAACCCGCAUAUCCAAUUCCGAGUUAACUGGCAAGAAAUGGAGAUCUAUUACGGCACCACUUCAGUUAUCUAGAGCCAGCUCCAACGCCAGCCUGUCAUCAUCAAACCGUCACAGCAUGUGUGGAACUCCUCAGCAACAGCGCCACCAGAGCUGGAGUUCACUUAAUCGACCCCAAAGCACUGGAGAUACAACAGCCUUGAUCAGAGACUGGGAGGAACAGUCGAGAUCAGCGCCGACUGCCACUUCCUUGAAACCCUGGGAAAAGGCUGAGAAGCCCCAGGGCUUCCAGGAAAUGUUUCCCGGGGAUGACAAGACGAAAUCGUCAACCUCGAUCGAGUCAAAUGAUCUGACAGACUCCUCUGGUAACAUUACGAUCUCCAAUGAGUCGUUGUCGCAUUCCGGGGAGAGCACGAUCGUCUCCGGGAAGGGCAUGGGGAGCACUGUGAAAGUCAAUCCUGCGGCCUGGUCUCCGGUUCACUCGGUGGGAUCUAUGGUCGGAGUGGAAGCUCAUCCAGAAACUGAUGGAAGCAUUUUUGAUCCGGAUUUGACUGGUGAAUCCGGUGUCUUCGGAGAAGAUGACAGCACAGCUGCAAUGUACUGGGCUGAGUGCGACGUGCUCUGGUGCAAGGUCGAGGCAGGCGCUUGUUUCGUAGACCCUAGCAAUCCUCCGAAAUGGAUCAGCGAUGGACAGCACUCGAAUGCCACCGAAACCUCCGAAAGCUGGAGGAUCAGAAUCCUUGAAGAACUCAAGACAAGGCAACGAAACAUAGAAUCUUUAGACUGCGACUUGUCGAUGUUCGAGAAAGCGAUUGAACGGUCGUCCUGGGUGAAGAACGGAGACGCCAGGUGCCGGCUGAAAGGUAGCAGCAAUUUCGAUGAUUGUGUUAUCGAGCUCGAAUGGAUCAGCAGUGAUUCAGGGGCUUUGGACUCUGGUACAUUAACGAUUCUCAAUUCCGAUGGGGCUACCACAAUCCUCCAGUUUCCAGUAUCGGAAAUUGUGGCUGUCAUUAGCUGCUCUGAACCCGGUGCACCAAGACUUGCCAUUCACACCCCAAGACUACCAAAAUCAAAAGUCUUGAGGCUUCAAUUCUCCAGUGAUACGGAGAUGGAGGACUGGUUAGGCCACUUGACUUCGGUUACCUGCAAGAUGAAUAACGUGUACUCGAAACCAGGUCCCAGAUCAAUAUGGACCACAACCGCAUUGGGAGAUGUCUACGUUUAUGAUCCUGUGAUUGCCGAAGGCAACCAAGUGUGCGAAGGGACCUACACUCAAGACUUCGAAGUACAGGGGAUGGCUUUACCCUUCGAGACAAUCUUGCACAAUGGCUUUGGUCCGGGGAGUUCACUCCUGAUAUCUGUUUGCUGCCACGACGACGCCGAUCGUCUCGCCUUCAAUUUUGUCUCUCACAUGGGACUCGGAAAGAAAGCAACAGAGUCCCACGAUAUAGCCUUUCACUUCAACCCUCGAUUGAACGAGAACAUUAUCGUCCGGAAUACCUACGAGAAUGGUCAAUGGGGAGACGAAGAAAGAUCUGGUGGAUCUCCCUUGAAACCAGGAUCAGAUUUCUCCCUGAAGAUUGUCUGCGACGAUUGCAGAUUCAGAAUCUUCAUAAACGACGAGGAGUUCACGUCUUACUGCCACAGGAUACCUCCAGGAAGCAUAACUCACUUCAGGAUGAAAGGUCUGAUGACCCUUCACCGGAUUCUCUACACAUCGAUGCAAGUAAUCAUCGAGCCUGUUGCCAUGUUCUGGAGGUUGAUGGGUGGACACCUGCGGAAGGUCGAGACCUGCGCCUCGGGGAUAACUUGGGGUCUAGGAUAUGACCACACAGCAUGGGUGUACACCGGUGGCUGGGGCGGAUCGUUCUUGAAGGAAUUGGGGUCGAACGACGUCAACCCUAUGACAGACGUCCAAAACUACUUCGUCUACGAGAACCAGAGGUGGAACCCGGUCACUGGAUACACCUCCCACGGCCUGCCAACAGACAGAUACAUGUGGAGUGAUAUAACUGGGAAGCACAGAAGAACACGGGAGCACACCAAGUUGAUGUCUAGCCGCUGGAGGUGGAUAUCUGAUUGGAUCAUUGACUUCCACACUCCUGGAGGAGUUGACAGGGAUGGCUGGCAGUACGCCACGGAUUUCCCUAGCGUCUAUCACGAGAAAAAGAACUUCACCGACUACGUGAGACGUAGGAGAUGGUUCAGGAGGUGUCAGCUGAUGACUUCGGGGCCGUGGAAGGAAGUCGGGAACACAAAGAUCGUGGACAUUAGCUUGUUCCAUAAGGACGAGGGCGACGGGGUAGAGGUCUGGGCAGUAGCUGCCAACGGUGAAGCCCUCUACAGACGGGGGGUCUCUGAAUCCUGUCCCAUAGGUGUCUCCUGGGAGCACAUACCCUCAGAUCAAGCGCUCAUAGGUAUUUCCGUGGGGCCAAUGGGGCAGAUUUGGGCAGUCGGCAAAAACGGAAGUUCUUAUUGGAGAUUCGGGAUCUCCAAGGCCAAACCCGCGGGUGAGGUGUGGGUCAAUGUGGAACCGCCACCAGGAGCUCAGUUGAAACAGAUUUCCGUAGGGACAGGGGGCGUUUGGGCCUUAGACACUAGUGGAAGGCUUGCGGUGAGGAAGGAAAUUCAACCGAAGCUGUUCCCGGAGGGAACGCAUUGGCAGGUGCUUCCAGCCAUGCCCAAUGAUCCGAUUCAUAUGGAUCAGGGAGUCCCUAAUGCCAAGCAAGGAUUCAGGAUGGUGGCGGCGGCCAAACGGGAGGGGCAAGUCUGGGCGGUUUCUGGUGCUGGGAUUCUGUGCCGAAGGAUCGGAGUCACUCAAGAAAACCCAGCGGGAACAGGAUGGACCACUGGGAUCGGGGCGAAUUGGCAGCAUAUUACGAUUGGAGGACUCUAAUUAAAGCUAUAAAGCCAUUUCCAAAGCCAAAUAUCAUAAGUCAAAUAAACUAAAACUUUACAGUAUUUUCGUAAGCUUGAAAUGACUAUAAAAGCUUAAACUCCAGUUCAAAGCACCAGAGACGUGGCCUGAACCUUAGAUUCACUAGUUAUUGCGUUUUUAGCCGAAGACUUAUUUCCCGUUUGAUGAAAAAUCAACAAUCGAAACUAUGGCACCUUGUAUUAAUCAGCUUUACAUUUAUUUCUAUGAUACAAAGACAUUCCUAGAUAAAUGUACGAUCAUGUAUUUCAUUUACUCCUAAAUAUUAUUUUUGUACAAUCGCCAUGGGAGUAACAUUAAUGAGGAAAGGAACAAUACAAAAUAAUAAUUACAAUCCUUUAUACUACGUAUGUACAGUGAGAGUCGAAAUACCGAAUAAAUUACGCUCAAAUGUAAAGUGUUUGUGAAUAAAAUAUUUACAAAAGAUA